CUACAUAGUCACACGGAGGUAGAUGCAUCAGCAGACAGCGUUGGGGUUACUAUUUGCUUUCAGAGCCGAAUUCCUGUUAGGAACUUACUACAUUCCUACUGCCGAGCAUUGUAAGAAGUCCGUAAGCAUCCUCUACGUGCCGAACGGCUGCUCUGGAGCGUCACAAUGGCUUACACGUCUAAGGGUUACCAGAAAAACUGGACGUAUGAGCCCACCGGCGACAACUUCGAGGCACAUGUGGGCCGAAUCCUAGCUGGCGACCUGGACCUGAAGUCCAGCAUGCGCACCCAAGCGCUGGAGCAGCUAGAAGCCAAGCGAGCGCUCAAUGCCGCCGACCAACUUCGCGAUGUCCCUGGAUUGAACGCGCGAGUGGAAGACAGCCGCAAGCCCGGCAAGGUGGAGGCAGCUGGCUACAUGUGGGUAGAUCCACAGGGGCGUCCUCUGGCGCCGCCCGGGGAAGGAGCUCGCAAAUCAGGCAGCGGUACUACUAACGCCGCCGCAGCAUCAACAGCCUCAGCAGCCCGGCGCCCUAGGCUCACAGAGCGGCAAGCUGCGUGCGGGGCGAUGGAGCCCGUACAGCGGUCCAUGCACCUUUGGAGCCGGAUAAACCCGGGCUGCGUCCCCGAGUCCUACCGCAUGCCCCGCUCCACCUUCCGCGACCACUUCGGCCCCAAGGCGGACGCGGAGGACGCGGAGAAGCUGGACAAGACCAACCACUUCAAGAAGACCGACUUCUCGGAAUACACCGAGGUGAAGCUCAAGCUGAUGAACCACCUCAAGUAGCUAGUGAGGCGGAAGCAGGGGGUCCGGGAUGGGGGGGGGGGUAAAGAGGAAACAACUAACUGACCAUGUGAUAAGGCAUCAUCAUGGUUUGCGACAUGUGAGCCAGCCCGACCCGUCCAGCCCAGGGUGGGUGGGGAAGAAGAGAGUGAAGCGCUGUCAUCCCAAGCACGGCUGUGGGGUAGAGCUUGGAGGGGCAUGAGGAGGAGGUGAAGGGGUGGGUUGCCAUCAUUAACAUCAGUGGGGAGUGAGAGAACGGUUGCGAGGGGCGGUGCGGUUCUGAGGCGGCUCCUGCCGCACCUCGAGUGCCCUUUUUUCUCCUUUUGGGGGUUCACCGCCCCGGGGGGCCGCUGCGUGAACCGGGGAUUGGGGCUAAAGAGGUAACAAGCUAACCGUGUGAAGCAGGGAUGUGAACCAACAGGACGUUCCAGGCAUCCAGGGAGGGGUGUGCUGACCGGAUUGACCGGCGAGCUGACCGGAUGCCCGUAUUGCCCAUGUACCGUAUGUGUGGAAUAUUUAUAUAGACGAGGUAUGUAUGGCUAUGGAGUGCUGUGUGAGCUGGUUCUAAUGCCUGUGAUGGCUGUGAUUCUUCUCCACUUUGCUGCGUGUGCGUGUGCGUGUGGGUUCUUGCAUUGCACUGUGGUGGUGACGCACCGAGCGGGGACACAGAGCUGGGAGGGAAGGCACACGGGCCGGGGUGUGCUGAAUACACACCCAGCCCGGUACCUGCCGUACACAUUGAGACAUUGACCAGGUCGGUCCAGCGGGCUGUGCAUCGGGGUGUACCGCAACGGGGUCGUACGUCGUGUCGGUCCCGCCCUCGUGUGUAGGUUGUGUCAAGAUACCUGGCUGCCAGGCGGAACGUACUGUGGGAGGGGCUUGGUAGGGGGUUUGGCAGGGGGUGCGUCCCGCCCUGGGGCUGGCUGUAGCACACUUCCGCAGGAUGGGAAGUGAAUGGGGAAAAGGGGGCAGGAAGAGGGGGAAGGAUGAUUUGCAGCAGCACUGUUAAUUCAUGGAACUGUACAGUACACAUAUUCCUGCUUGGAUUUAAGAAACUUUCCUGCCUAACUGCCUUUAUGGUUUUAUAUGGGUAUAUGCUUGAAGGCGCCGGGGUAACAGUAACCCAGUAUCGUUUCUUUCCUCGGAGGGCAUAUCCAGUGUGGGCUCGGUGGGCCUACCCGUGUCCCGUGCCUCGUGUGCUAACCCUGUCCAGCCGCUUGUUGGGCAGGGCGCGUGAUUGCCAGCGUUGCGCAAUGCACACGAACACUUGAGCGCCCUUGAGGAAAGGAAAUGGCAUAUGCAUUCAUCCUGAACAAGGUCGAAACCCAUGUGCUUUGCUGCACGGGUGCCCAGCUUUGUAACAACAAGGAACGUGUCGUCUGGGCCCUGUCCCCCAGUAGCUCGAUACUUGUACGG